UCGGCGAUUGAAAAUCUCACCACUCGGGCGAGAGAACGCUAUAUAUACUGCCAUCCAUGGCCAGCUCAAGGGAAGAAGAAAGGGUACAGGGAAGAGUGAUAUAUCAUUACCAUGGAUGAUCGUAUAGACUCCAUAUUGCCAGAACAGGGCUCUGCUCUUCCUUGCGAUGUUGCAAGGGAGUGCCCGACAAAGUCCAAACACGACGUUGGCUGGCGGCGAAUUGUCCGCAACUUUACUCCAUCAUGGUUUUCUGUCAAUAUGGGAACUGGGAUUGUCUCCCUUCUCCUCAAUAGCCUCCCAUACAACGCGCGAUGGCUGUAUUGGAUCUCGGUCGUGAUAUUUGCCUUGAAUGUCCUUCUAUUCACCGUUGGGGUGGCUCUCUCCGCGCUGCGGUACAUCCUGUAUCCCCAGAUAUUCAGGGUCAUGAUCACCCACCCGGUCCAGUCGCUGUUCCUCGGCACGAUUCCCAUGGGGCUCGCCACGAUCAUCAACAUGUUCUGUGACGUCUGUGUUCCGUCCUGGGGUGACGGUGCGGCAUACUUUGCCUGGGCCCUGUGGAUUCUUGACGCUCUUCUCUCCGUGUUUACAGCAACAGUGCUGCCUUUCAUCAUGAUGACCAGGAAGAAUGAGACGCAUCUGGGAUCCAUGACCGCCGUCUGGUUACUGCCUAUUGUCUCUUGCGUGGUUGCUGCGGCCUCGGGGGCCAUUGUGGCUGACGUUCUUCCGAAUUCGCAACUCGCCCUGGGGACCAUCGUCGCCAGCUUCGUUUUAUGGGGAAUCGGAGUUCCCCUCGCCUUCAUGGUGGUGACUAUCUAUCUGCAUCGUUUGAUGCUGCAUAAACUUCCUCCCAAGGCGGCCAUUGUCAGCGUGUUUCUCCCCUUGGGCCCGCUCGGCCAGGGGGGUUUUGGGUGAGCAGAACAGCAAGACAAGUCCUGAUACACGGCUAAUUUAUUGAUCCAAAUAGUAUUCAAAAGUUGGGGAAAUCCGCUGAGCAGAUCUUCCCUCAGACUCGAACUUUGGGCCAUCCCACUGCCGGCGUGAUUCUCUCCGUCUGUGCCACGGUUCUGGCCCUGAUCCUCU